GCUUCCGCUUCCGGCGGCGAGGGUGGUGGCGGGCGGCGCGGUGAUGGCGGCUGGCGGCAGCGAUCCGCGGGCUGGCGACGUAGAGGAGGACGCCUCACAGCUCAUCUUUCCUAAAGAGUUUGAAACAGCUGAGACGCUUCUAAAUUCAGAAGUUCAUAUGCUUCUGGAACAUCGAAAGCAGCAGAAUGAGAGCGCAGAGGAUGAACAAGAACUCUCAGAAGUCUUCAUGAAAACAUUAAACUACACAGCCCGUUUUAGUCGUUUCAAAAACAGAGAGACCAUUGCCAGUGUUCGUAGCUUGCUACUCCAGAAAAAGCUUCAUAAGUUUGAGUUGGCCUGUUUGGCCAACCUUUGCCCAGAGACUGCUGAGGAGUCUAAGGCUCUAAUCCCAAGCUUGGAGGGGCGGUUUGAAGAUGAGGAGCUGCAGCAGAUUCUUGACGAUAUCCAGACGAAGCGCAGCUUUCAGUAUUAACCUCCAAACAUCACUGCUUCUCAGAGAAACCAUGUCCCCAGGCGUAACACCACCUUCCCAGGGUCUGGGGCUGACUUGCACAGAAAUUCUACUGCAGAAGACAGUUGAGAAUUCCUUUGGAGAAAACAGCCCAGCUUGGCAUUGGGUUAGGUUGCUGUUUCAAAUAAGUCAUAGGCCCAGGUGACCUGUAAUCUUGGUGCAGCCUUGUGCAGUGGCUGCUAGUGGCUUUCCUGAGCGUGCCUCUGGGAAGUGUGAGGUGAGUGUGUCGUAUAAGCCACACCGUUGACUACCUCAUUCAUGGUUUUUGGCCUCCACAUCAUCUUUUAUUAAUAUUUCACUUUUUUUGUUUGUUUUUGUUUUUGUUUUGAGA